CGAUGGUGGGGAGUUGGCGGCAAGGAGAGAGGGCGACGGAAGGAGGCGAUGGCGGAACAAGAUAGCCAUCAUGCAAACUACCAUCCCCCUUCAUCUGCUCUCCGCUCCUCGUCUUCGUCUCUUCAUGUCCAUUCCGCCUCCCAUGGACCUGCCCAGCUCGCGGGAGUGGGGCUGGUAAUAGGGAAGCGUAAGCAGGGGUACCUUGUGAAGGACAUCUUGCAAGGGACAGGGGCAAUGCUAAGCGGGAUGCGAAGAGGGGACCUCAUCGUGCAGGUACGUAUCUCGACCACUUGGUGUCAUCGACACUUGCUGGCUCAGGUUUGCGUUGAUUCUCUAGCAGGUCAACGAGAGGGACGUGGGUCCUUUGAGCCUGGAGGAAGUGACUAGUGCGAUACUCGGACCCGUUGGGAGCAUCGCAAAGUUCAAAGUUAUGAGGAAUGCGCAUGAACGGAACGUGCUGUUGGAGUUCCUCGUGCUGCGGGAGCUCAGAGCUACUCAGGACCCCCUGUUUCAGAUCAAGUGCGAGGGCAACAAGGUGACGAGGUCACACCUCCACCUCCAGUGCGCGCAAGAUGGAAGUACGAGAAGUUCCGACAAGAAGAGAGAGGGAGAGAAGAAGCCAGAAGAAGAGCUAGAAAAGAUGGGAGCAAGAAAGAUGAAGACAAGCCUAGGGGCAGGGGAAGAUCCAGAGACAGAGAUAGAGAUACAGAUUGAGGAAGAGACAGAGAUAGAGACAGAGAUAGAGACAGAGAUAGCGGAGGAAGUAGGUGGUAGUCUCUUUGCUUCUGGGGUCGGCGAACUUCCUCCUUCUUCAACUUGUGGUGAGAUCACUCCGGAUCCACCCUGGGACGGCCAUUGGCCUGUUUCUGGAGCCAGCAGCCUCGUCGACGUCGGUGUGGAUGUGCUCGUGCUCGAGGAGUGCGGAAGCUCGUGGAAGGCCUGCCGGCUGCAGCUGACGCGAGAAGGAAGACUUGUGCUUCCUGGGCACAGUCUAGAUGGGAAGCUGGUGGUAUGGGCUCAGCCGCAGCUGGAGAUGUACCGCCCCGACAUGUCGAGAGAAGACUUCUCGAUGAUGGGAAGAAGGAUGUGCGUGAUGGUAGAAGGGGAACACCUCAUCGCACACAGCCGCCAUGGUGCGAUCAAUGCAGUGAAGGCUGAGAGGUUGCAUGUGAUGGCGUUAGACUCGUCGACACGGGACAGAUAUGUUGAGGAAUUCAUCGCAGUGGUUCAACGCCGUGAGCUGGGAGCGCAAGGUAGCCGAAAGCACUCAGGAUGUUAUGCCCCUCUGUAGUGAAGGAGCAGCGCAAUGGCAACCACAGCAGAUCAGCAGCGAAUGUGAGACGAUGCCACAAACAACAUGAGAGUGGGUGGCUUUGUGCUUGGGAGUUUCAUUGAGAUAGUCUACUUGCUCGUCUUUGAUACAAGGAGUGAAAGAAUACCGUUAGCUGUCAAUUGAAUGGAGCAUGAUCGUG